GAUGUAUAGAUUACAUAGACAUAACCAACAACGGGGUAGCUAGUAUAUGCCAUUCACUCUAAGAACUGACGACUUUCAGUCAACAUGCAAGUCUCAAGCUUCAUUCUUCUAUUAACUGUUGUCACCACUGUCACAGCACAACCAGAAUGUUUAGACGGACAACUUCGUCUUCCUGAAGUAGCCACACUUCUUGAGUACUGUCACCAUGGAGAAUGGAGAUGGAUUUGUCAUGAUGCAAGUCAGUGGAAUACUGCGAGAUCAGUAGCUACUUGUGUACAACUGGGAUAUUCGGAUCAAUUUGAACUAGCAACCGGGGAUUCUCAUAAUGGUUCAAGAAGAGUAGUCACUCUGAGUGACUGCAAUGGACCAGGACUAGCAGAGUGUACAGUGACACCCAGUGACAGCUGUAACUCUCUUGUGCGACUAACGUGUGCCAUGGUUACCUGUGCUGCUGAUAAUAGCGAGACAAGACUAGUGGGUGGAUCCAAUGACAGAGAGGGACGAGUGGAGGUGUGUGUGGGUGGUCGCUGGAGGACAGUUUGCACUGGCAGUCAAAAACUAGCAGUUCUGGCAAGAGGCGUUUGUUUACGAAUAGGAAUUAAAAGUUUAGUGUUAGAAGGAAGCACUGUGGCAGUAAAUAACUCAUUUCCUCCUGGAGCAUUUCCAGAGUACAGCCUGGAGUGCAGGCAGCUACCUGAUAAGGAAUUGCGCUGUACUCCAGUGGAAAAACAAUGUAUUGAUUUUUUGGAGCUUGAAGUUGUUUGUAAGAACUAUGAAGAUCUACGCAAUGAAUGUUCUAGGACUAGUACACUGCCUACAUUUUCAACAACCGUACAUGCAACUACACCGUUGCCUAGUACAACAUGCGGCCCUAUCAAGUCAGACUCUACGUGUAAUGACAAUUCUACCACCAUCAUUGUUAAUAAAUCCACCACCCCCAUUGCUGGCAUUGGUGUACUGGUGGCUCUGUUACUAGCUGUAUCAGUUGGUUGGAUAGUAUCCUGUGUUAUUCUACUCAGGAGAGGACAGACUGUGCACAAACAACAUGUUUAUGCAGGUACUAUGUCAACAAGGAGCAAUCAGAGCUCCACACAACAGGACAUCAACACACAGCUCUACGCUGAGGCCACUCCUCCUUAUACAACCUACAGUAGACUGAACAGAAGUGAUAAAAAGACGAAGGAAAUUGCUACCUACGAUUACGCUGAUCCCAACCAGAUAAGAGUAGAGCGUUCCCAAGCAACUAACCCACCACCAGUGAGUGGUGAAGCUAUCAUGAGAGAAGAGGAGUUCUACAUUGCUGAGGAUCACACAUACGCAGCUGUCAAUAAGAAAGCCAAGAAGAAAAAGAAGCCAAAGAAUGCAGAAUCUGAUGGAGAGGGAGAGAGUGAAGCCACGCCUCCUUUUGUCAGUACCCUGGCUGAAGUGUAGGGUGGGGGUGACGGAACACUGUGAACUGAGAUAUUGACAGUAACUUAUGCUGCCUGUAAAACGUCCAUGCAUAGUAGUAUAGAGAGAGAGAGUGAAUACACAAAAAUGGGCAAUAUAUAUAUUGUACUGUAGUACACACAUAAUUAUUAUAACAUUAUGAGAGUGC